CCUCGGGAUAAGUACCUGCUGGGGGCACGUCGGCCACAGCAGGGAAACUAGCGUGCGCCAAAAAUUACGAGCUCCUGUGACAAUACAGAAGUGACGAUGCAUGAUCAAUCUACUGUGCAUAUAUAUAAGUUUAGAACUUGCCGUCGUCCUGCCUUGUUCUUGUGCGGUUCAGUACUCUUGGGAUAUUGUGUGCGAGAUGCUUUUGAGAAGGAUGCUGUCGAAUUUGUGCGUAAGCGGGUGCUGUGCGGGUAUUAUCGACAAACGGAGGAAAAAUUCUCAUCUCUAUAUUGCGCACUAUCAUUCAUGCGUACGAAUGGCUGAAAGACACAAUACGAUAAUAUUCUCCUGCAAAGGUCAGGGAAACAUAGCAUUCGCUGUUCUCCAGCUGCAGCACAGUGACUCCAUGGAACCCAACCUGAGGAUGUAAAUGUCAUCAUAAACGAAACAAUGCGCAUUCCUGUCUACCACAAUGCACAAACGACUGCAACA